UUUUUAUGGAUGACUCAUUUAAAUUCUCUAGCGCCCUUAGAAUUCUAAACACCAACGAUUAUCUUGCACCGUCUAAGAGCUGCAUCAAGUCUAAAGAUGGUCAAUCAAAGACACAAGACCAACAAGUACAAAUAAAUGACCUGCAUUUAAAUUCAGCGAACAUUUCUACAUCUAAGAAAAUACAAAUCUCACUCAAUGACUGCUUAGCUUGUAGUGGUUGUGUUACGACAUCAGAGAACAUGCUGAUUGAAGCUCAGAAUGUACAGGAGUUUUUCCGACUUUUAGAUCUUGGCCGUGAUCCUUCAUCUUCAUCUCCUUUUCGCAUUUUUGUGAUUAGUGUAUCUUCUCAGGCGCUGUCGAGUAUAGCCGCAUCAACUAGGAACUCCCUGAUGGAAGUGUAUUUCAAACUGCAUACACUUUUUAUUGAUAAGCUACACUGCGACUUUUUUUUUGACACCAAUCUUUCGCAGGACAUAGCUCUUCUAGAGUGUCAACUUGAAUUUCUUGAAAGUUUUAAACAGACUACCGCGAGGCCUGCUCUUCCAAUUUUGACGUCUGCAUGUCCUGGCUGGGUUUGCUAUGCCGAAAAGACUCAUGGUUCUUGGAUUCUUCCUCAUCUCUCAUUGGUAAAAUCCCCUCAACAAAUUUUGGGUACAUUAGUGAAGUUUCAUCUAGUGCAGCGUCUAAAUGAUCACCGAGAUGAUAUUUUGUGUAGCGGCAUAGAAAAGUCUCUUUUCCCAAUUGAACCUCGGAAUAUAUGUCACGUGACGCUGAUGCAGUGCUUUGACAAAAAGCUUGAAGCGUCUCGAUCUGAUUUUUACAACAAAUCAACCGAUGCGCACGAUGUAGAUUUAGUUUUGACUCCAGUGGAGCUAGAUCAAAUUUUGUCACAUAUUGAUCUCACAUUCAAUGAGCUGGUUCCGAGUGAUAUCUCCAAGCCUUUUUUCAAUCAUUUGGAAUUUGCUACUGUAUCCAGUUUAGAUGCAGAAUUUAGUGCAGAUCCUCGCAAUUUGAGUUCGGUACUAUCGAAGGACCCCAAGGAAUCUUCCAGUGAUGCAAAUAGGCGAGAUACACCCGUUGAGCAUGAUAUCUACGGCCAAGAUUGCGCCAAUGAAGAAUUGCGUCAAAAUACUCGUCUUUUUGGCGUUUCUGGUUCGAGCGGAUCGUUUGCUGAACAUGUUUUUCGUAAGGCAGCACUCGAAUUAUUUGGCGUGCUGGUUGAUGAUGUGCCUUUUUAAACAAGUUCGCAAUCAUGAUCUUCGAAGAGCGGAGCUGUCUAUUUCUGGCCGAGCAGUGCUAGAAUUUGCGACAGCGUAUGGCUUUCGUAACCUCCAAACGAUUGUGAAACAAAUCAAAAACAACGCGUGUUCAUAUCAGUAUAUAGAGAUAAUGGCAUGUCCAGAUGGAUGCUUGAACGGUGGUGGACAGUUGAAGCAGUCAAAUAUGGACUCUGGGAAUUGCAGCGAGACAGUUGAGACUCAGGUGGAUCUUUCAUUCUAUCAUACAGGUAAAAAGGACGAAUCAGCGUCUUUAGAAAAAAACAGAAGGCAUCUGAGCGCAAAUCUGCAUCCGACACUAGGAAAGGCUUCUACUGGGUCUAGUUUCAAAUCACAUAUAGGAUUUUCUAGGACUUGGUUAAAUUUGGUCACCGAGAAGUAUUUAGAGGGUCAAGAUACAAAUAUGCAUCAUGUCACACGAAAGCAUCGUAUUAUGAAACUUUAUGAACAAUUAGGCUUUUUGCCUGGGUCUGAGUCAGCGAAAAAAACUGCUUUACACUGAGUAUCAUCAUUUGCCGAAGGCACCUGACGAGGUCGACCUUUUAUCUUUCGAGUGGUAAUUGCUAGAGAUAUUGCACGCGGUUAUUGCAUCGCAGCUGAAUUCUGUUGGUCUCAAGUUGUUAAUUUUUUAAAAAAACUGCGUGUUGUUUUUU